ACAGUUAAAUUUGGAGUUUAAGUUAACCAUGGCAGCCAAGUGGUGCCCUUCCGUCGAUUCCUUCUUUGAUCGCUCCACGUUGCUCUGUGAGACCAUUGCAAGGAAGCUUUUCCCUCUAGAGGAAUGCAAGAAAGGUAAUUCUGUUGAGGAGGAGGAGGCGGAUUACGUGUCAAGAGUUCGAGAGUGGCUGAUGAAUGAAGUUUUGGAGCCCUUGAGGAAAGUCAUUAAAGAAGGUUAUGAAGAAAAAUAUGUACCCUAUGAAAGAAGGGGAGAGGACCCUCGGGUGAAGAAGUAUUUGAUGUGUGUCAACUCAAAAAAGAUUGAAGCAGGUGCUAUGCUUCCACAUCAGAUCAUAGGCUAUGUGAAUGACCGCAAUUUCAGGGAACUGGCUGAGGCUCAGUGGAAGGCGAUGGUGGAGGAGAUGUAUUCAAAGCAGGGAAAGUUCAAGAACUGCUUAGCUGUGUGUGACGUCUCUGGAAGGAUGUCUAGGGAUCCCAUGAAUUUUUCAUUGGGUUUGGGACUGUUGGUGUCUGAGCUGAGUGAAGAGCCAUGGAAAGGAAAGGUCUUCACUUUUAGUCGAAAUCCUCAGCUACUUUUGAUACAAGGCGAUGAUCUUAAGUCCAAGUGCGCGUUUAUGAGGAGGAUGGACAACCAGGACUGGGACGGGGAGACUGAUUUUAACAAGGUGUUUGAUUUGAUCCUGGAAGUGGCUGUGAAGGGGAACUUGAAGCCAGAGCAAAUGAUCAAGAGGUUGUAUGUGUUCACCAGUGACCAAGAUUUUGAUGAUGCUUCCGCAAAUAGCUCGAAGACUGAUUAUCGGACAAUACAGAGCAAGUUUAAGGAGAAAGGAGCGAUGUGGUGCCACGCGUAGUGUUUUGGGAUAUGAACAAAAAGACGAGGCUAUCCCGGUGGCACUUUCUGCAGAACAAGGGGUGGCCAGGAUGACUGGCUACUCCAAGAACUUAGUCAAUUGCUUCUUGGACAAUGAUGGGGAUGUCAGCCCCGAUCAUGUUAUGGAAGCAGCCAUCUCUGGCAAUUAUUACCAAAACCUGGCUGUAGUUGACUGAUCCUCAUAUGAUUGCAGUCUCCAUCUCCUUUGGCAUUUGGGAUUUUACGAAAAGAAACUUGAAUUGACUAAUUUAAUGAUAUGAUAAUGUGUCUGUCCUGUUUUA